GGCCAAAGCUGCUGGGGCUGCGGGAAUUGGCACCUGGGCCGAGGGUAGCCGCUGCGCGCGAAGUAAUGCCUCCCCACAGAACGCCCCGGCUUCUGCCUCCUUGGCAAGACAGCAAGGAAACGGGGGUCUUUCCGGGCCUGCAGACCCCGAGAGGUUUCCCGGACGCUGGAGGGGUGGGUCUCAGCGAUCCAGGGAUCUUUGGGCAGAGAGCUAAGGAGUUCCCACUCACUUCCUAUAUUUUUUUCUUCCUGUGUCUCGCUCCAUCUAAGUUGUCUCUUGGUCUGCUUGUUUCCCCGCCGAAAGCAAAAAGAACCAGAAUAGAGGUGAAAGCUGGCGCGGGGGUGGGGCAGUCUACUAGCGAGAGGCCUCCACCUCAGUGCCUCCCUCUUGCCUCCACGCCUCCCUCCGUCCCAAAAAGUCCCCAGGACCCGCCAUCUGGCACCAGAUCCUUUUAGUCCCGCUGCUGGGCCCCAGUCCCCUUGAAUCCCUCUUCUCUGGGCAAUGCUCCCAGGACCGUUUUCCCAAGGUUCCCAAGACUCUGGCGACGCAACCAGGACGCCCUCCUUGCGCUGCAGACAAAGAAGUCUGCCAGACCUGUCGGCCGCGCCACGUGCCACUCCCGGGCUCAGUCCGACCCAAACUGCAGGGGCUCAUUCCUGCUUUAGGGACCCUCCUGGCUGUCCCACUACAGGGUUCCGGGUGGGGACGGGUCAUAGUGGUCUCACCCUCGUCCCUUCUCGAAGAUGCCUUCCCUCGAAGGGCGCCCCAGCUCCCUCCUCCAGUGUCGCCUGUGGGGACCCCACGCCUGGACAGAUGUCGUGGUGAAGUUCUGGGUUCCGAACAUGACUUGAUUGAGCAACUUGCGCUGGUUCCAGCUCCCUGGGCCGCCUCUAGCGACCACAGGAGUAGGAGAGAGGGAGGGGAAUCCGAGUGUGCGUGCACCAGUCUGUUCAUAUUUAAUUUACAAAGAAGCCUCAUAACCCAGGCCGGGUGGUCUCUUUAGAUGCAGCGCUCUUUGCCUGUCUCUCUCCCCCACCUCCUCCCCAGCUCAUUAAAAUGCUUAACACUCAAAUCGGGGUAUUGAUCUCCGCAGAGGCCCCAAACAUGCGCCAUCGACAGACCAUCAAGACAGACCGCUACCCUGGGUGAAGACUGGGGGGCCAAAUGCGCCCCAAGAGCUCAGUGUCUACAGGAAGGGCUGGGGGCGGGGGCUCCGCCUGUCUCCCAGGACCUGUACCCCUUUUCAGACCAGCAGCUCAGUCUCCUAGGCUGCUGUAGGCAACACGGGGUGGAAACGGAUUUUAGCCAAAUGCCUCGACAUCCCUGCGCCUCCGCCUCCUUGUCGCUAAAAGAAAUGUCGGGGUUUCGCCAGAGAUAGGGAGAGUAGGGAACAGCGAGUCCGCGAGUCUGCUGAGGCCAGCUGUUGUGUGAGGGUGUGAGACGGCUUUGGGGCAUAGCUUGUGGAGAGCGGGGGUUGACUGUAUGUUUGCUUGAAAAGCUGUGAAGAUACCGGGGGUGGGGGGACGUUCGGGUCUUAUGUCCCCAGCCCCCAGGGCUCAAGAGGAGCAGACGUUUUGUAACCAACCCUGUUGCUGCUAUCUCGUUACAACCUCAGUGCCUCAUUCGCCUGGAGCUGGCAAUACCUGAGAGCGAGGUACUUGGGUGCGCUCAAGCUAGCCUCCGGGGAAAGAGCGGGCAAAUACCUGCGCGCCCCAUCCCACCCCGCGCCGCAGCAACAGAUGCAGGAAGCUCUCCACGGCUGUCACCCCAGCUCUAUCAAACCGAGACUGGAAGGCUGCAUACCGGGAGUCAUCGAGCAGCCGGAACCGUGAUGGCGCCCCUUCGAGCCCUUUGGUUGGCCUGGGCACUCAUAGGAGUGGCUGCAGCGUGCCCAGAGCCAUGUGCCUGUGUAGACAAGUACGCCCAUCAGUUUGCUGACUGUGCCUACAAAGAGCUGCGCGAGGUCCCUGAAGGACUGCCAGCCAAUGUGACCACGCUUAGUCUCUCGGCAAACAAGAUCACUGUGCUAAGGCGCGGGGCCUUCGCCAACGUCACGCAAGUCACAUCGCUGUGGCUGGCGCACAAUGAGGUGCGCACUGUGGAGCGGGGUGCACUGGCUGUGCUGAGCCAGCUCAAGAACCUCGACCUGAGCCACAACCUCAUAUCCAGCUUCCCUUGGAGCGACCUGCGAAACCUGAGCGCGCUGCAACUGCUCAAAAUGAACCACAAUCGCUUGGGUUCUCUGCCCCGGGAAGCCCUCGGCGCACUGCCGGACCUGCGGUCUCUGCGCAUAAACAACAACCGGCUGCGUACUCUGGAACCUGGCACCUUCGACGCACUAAGCGCUCUGUCACACCUGCAACUGUAUCACAAUCCCUUUCACUGUGGCUGCGGCCUCGUGUGGCUGCAAGCCUGGGCCGCGAGCACUCGGGUCUCCUUGCCCGAGCCUGACUCCAUUGCGUGUGCCUCGCCUCCGGCGCUGCAGGGGGUGCCGGUGCACCGCCUGCCCGCCCUGCCUUGCGCACCACCUAGCGUGCGUCUUAGUGCAGAGCCGCAGUCUGAGGAGCCUGGCACCCCGCUGCGCCCUGGCACAGUGUUCUUGUUGCACUGCAUAGCUGAAGGCCACCCCACGCCCCGCCUGCAAUGGCAACUUCAGAUCCCAGGUGGCACAGUUGUCUUAGAGCCGCCGGUUCUGAGCAGGGAGGACGACGGGGACUUGGCAGAGGAAGGGCAAGGGGAAGGAGAUGUGGACACGCCGACGCAGACCGAGGCUCCAACCUCAGUACCGGCACCUGCAUGGCCAGCGCCCCCAGCCACCCCGCGCUUCCUGGCCCUAGCAAACGGCUCCCUGUUGGUGCCUGUCUUGAGUGCCAAGGAGGCAGGCGUCUACACAUGCCGUGCACACAAUGAGCUGGGUGUCAACUCGACAUCAGUACGUGUGGCAGUAGCUGCAGCAGGGCCCCCUAAGCACGCUCCAGGCGUCGGGGGAGAAUCUGAUGGGCAAGGCCCGACCUCCGAGCGCAAGUCCACAAACAAAGGCCGGGGAAACAGCGUCCUGCCUUCCAAGCCUGAGGGCAAAACCAAAGGCCAAGGCCUGGCUCGGGUCAGCGUCCCGGGUGAGACAGAGGCACAGCUGGAGGAGGAGAUUGGUGAAGGAGAGGAAGCGGAAGACCAGAUUCCUGUGGACCCGGCGGCCGAGGAGCAGCACUGCGGCCACGGGGACCCCUCUCGGUACGUGUCUAACCACGCCUUCAAUCAAAGCUCAGAACUCAAACCGCACGUCUUCGAGCUGGGCGUCAUCGCACUGGAUGUGUCGGAGCGGGAGGCGCGGGUGCAGCUGACGCCGCUGGCGGCGCGCUGGGGUCCUGGGCCCGGCGGGGCUGCGGGAGCCGGGCGGCCUGGGCGAAGGCCCCUGCGCCUGCUCUAUCUGUGUCCAGCUGGGGGCGGCGCGGCAGUGCAGUGGUCCCGCGUGGAGGAAGGCGUUAAUGCUUACUGGUUCCGCGGCCUGAGGCCUGGCACCAACUACUCAGUGUGCCUGGCACUGGCAGGGGAGGCCUGCCAUGUGCAAGUGGUGUUCGCCACCAAAAAGGAGCUGCCCUCGCUGCUAGUCAUCGUGGCGGUGAGUGUAUUCCUCCUGGUGCUGGCCACCGUGCCCCUGCUGGGCGCCGCCUGCUGCCAUCUGCUGGCCAAACACCCCGGCAAGCCCUACCGUCUAAUCUUGAGGCCACAGGUCCCUGACCCUAUGGAGAAGCGAAUCGCUGCGGACUUCGACCCCCGGGCCUCCUAUCUUGAAUCCGAGAAAAGCUACCCAGCAGGCGGCGAGGCGGGUGGUGAGGAGCCUGAGGAGGCGCCGGGGGAGAGCCUUGAUGAAGACGCGGAGCAGGGAGACCCAAGUGGGGACCUGCAGAGGGAGGAGAGCCUGGCGGCAUGCUCACUGGUGGAGUCCCAGUCCAAAGCCAACCAAGAGGAGUUCGAGGCGGGCUCUGAGUACAGUGAUCGGCUGCCGCUGGGUGCGGAGGCAGUCAACAUCGCCCAGGAGAUAAACGGCAACUACAGGCAGACGGCGGGCUGAGCCCCCAGCCCGCCUGGACCGCCCAUUCCCACCCCCGCUUUGGGUGCCCGGGAGCGGAAACCUAGGGCUGGCAGAUUAUAUCAUUUAUCCCCUCCGUUCCACUGCCUUCAAACUUCACUUACUCCGCCCCCUUGUCCCUCCCAACGUUGACUACUAAGGACUUUUAGUAGGAAGUGGGGCGAAUUCACUAGUCCCUGGUCACUUAUAGCCGUAUUUAUCCCGGGGGGCUCUGUCCACUCCCCCAAAUACAAUGACCCUCUUAUUUCCCCAUAUAGACACAACCCGCCAACGGCGAGGCAAAUCCAUACUCCUUCACUCCUAUCGCGAUUAUCUGCGAAUUCCGCCCCGCAGCCGGUCCCAUCCGUGGGCCCUGAAGUCGGAGAAAGUCCGCGAAGACACUGGAAACAUCUGGUGGUAUAGCUGUUUCUGGCCCCAGACCUCUAGUAGAUGACCCCAUAGUGGAGCGUUGUGGGUCUCAACCUCGACCCCUACACCGCCUUUUCAGGGCUGCCCAUCCCAGAAGCCGGGUAGUUUCAGUCUCAACGCCCGACAGGGAAUCAGAUCCUUCUGUCUCCCCACCUCUCCACCCUGACCCUACUUCUGUCCAGCUGGAGCUGAGCCGGGUGCCUGGGGCGCCUUUCGGCUCCAUGUUCUGGUCUUCACAUUUUCGUUGCUUUCAAAGACAGAGACAUUCUGGGUCUGGUGCUAACACCCCCUUCCAAUCUCUGGGAAAACUGGGUGUACGUGUGUCAGGGGGUGUGGGAGGGAAUCGUUUUCUCCCGCCUGUCUUCUAACUUAAAGCGCCGCAGGACCGAGCGCCCCUUUUCCGUAAAGGGGUCGGCUUGGUUCGGGGCCAAUUUCGUUGUCCAAGUGUUGCGGUUUCCGGAAAACGGUAUGCACUACAGCUUCUUCCUCGGCUCCACGGGGCCCAGACUCGAGCCGGAAAGCGCCAGGGGCGUAGGAAGCCGACUGUGGCUCCCUGGGGCCGAGUUUCUCCGGAGGGCUGGCGCCCUAGUACGCACAAAGCCUGCGCGUGACUGCAGCGGGAUCCCGAUCGGGAAAAGCACUCCCCGGUCUUCGGGUCCCCUCGCCUCGCCCCGCCCCGCCCCUCCUUCCGCGAGAAUAGUGUUUGCCAGGCGUGUAGUCCUAGUCCAGCGUGGU